AUGCAAGAUAAAUCAGUUGGACAAUCAAGCGAUACUUCCAAAAGCUUAAAAGUAUCUAAAUUUGGUAGAUCUUUACUUUGUAGCCCCAUUUGGAAGUGGUUCGAAGAAAUAUAUGUCGAUAAUAUUUGGCAUAGUCAGUAUAAUGUUGAAAUGGCAAAUAAAAAGCCUUGUGACACUAAAGUAAAAACUGGCAAUUCUACAACAGCCCUAUGGAAGCACCUUAAGAUUGAAUAUGGAUACUCUGGAAAGACUAAGCAACAAUUAAACAAAAAACAGACAACUAUUACAAAGGCAUUUGAAGCUUCUUUAUCAAAGCCGCAUAGCAUAACUGAACAGGCCAUUUGUGAUAGGGCCAUCAUUGAAACUAUGCCAAGUAGGGGAAAAGUUAAAAGUCUUAUUGAUGAGAGAUUUGAACAAAUCUGCUAUCGCAUAACGAUAACAUGGAUUAAUAAAAUGUUUGAACUAAAUAAAGCUGUUUUAGCAGUUACUUCUCUUAAAUAUCUGCAUACCACUGAUGCAAUUGCAAAAUAUAUUAAAGAUGUUCUUGAACAUUGGAACCUAAAAAGUAGAGUUUUCUCAAUUACAACUGAUAGUGAGGUGAAUAUUAAAUCAGCAUGUAAUAAACUUGAUAUUAAAUGGGUUUCAUGCUCUGCAUAUAUUUUGAAUCUGAUUGUGCAAAAGAGGCUUUUGCCUGCCAAACCCCUAAUUACUCAAAUGAAAUAUUUGAUUAAAUUUUUUACUACACCCAAACAAAGUGAAUGUCUUGAGGCAGUACAAUUAUCAAUUCAAGCACAACAUUAA